CCUGCACAUUGAGCACAUAAACACACACACAUAAAGCUGAACAUCAUGAAACAAUCCUCGUUCAGAUAAUGUGUGUUUGUAUCUGUAUUGUGCAGAUUUGUAUGUCUUCUGUCUAGGUUUUAAGAAAGCAAAUUAAAGACCAUGUGUGCCCGUGAACCGCAACACGUGAGGAAACUCAAACCCUUUUUGCCUUGUCGUGUCAAAGUGACCCGCAUUCUUAGAGUGUCAAGAAUGCGUCAGCACUAAAUAUAUCCUCCAGGACCUGUGAAGAAACAUUCAGUCCGUUUUGCAGCGCUGCAAGGUGCAUGAGAUUUCUUCUGAUAGUUAAUUAAAAAGUUUCAGUGCAGAUUCACAGUGACAACUGUGUUUUGUAAUCCAUCUGCAUGACUCGGGUUUUCAUCGAGAUUGGAGUUUUGUUCAUGUGUGCAUCUUUUUGAGCUCUGAAACGACAAUGGACUACAUGGAAUAAAUAGAUGAAGAUCAGCUCAUUGAGUUUGUUAUUCAAAUAAGCCUCCAAGAUGCUUGCAGUCUCUGUUUUGAACGUAUCACAAAGGACUUUGGAAACAGUCAGUGAUGAAAACCUCAAGGUUUUAUCUGCAAUAGAUCAAGGUGACGUGUUUGCACUGAGGCGCUUGCACAAGUACAGUGAUGCCUUUAAGGAAAGAGACAGCAGAGGUUGGCUUCCGAUGCACAGAGCGUCUGUCCAGCCUGAUGUCUAUGUGUUGGAUUGCGUCCUCCUGGCAUCUCAUGAGCUGAGCAUGGAGGAGAUGACAUUCGAUGGAGACACCGCUCUGACACUGGCUUGUCAAGCAGGGCAUGUGCAGAGCGUAAAAGUUCUUCUCCAACACGGAGCAUCUCCACACAACCCCAACAGCAGGAAUGAGACUCCACUACUUCUGGCUGUGAGGGUAAACUCUUAUGAAAUGGUAUAUACACUGAUAAUGGGAGGCGCCUUCGUGAGGCAGCUGUGUUUGAAGAAGUGGACAGUCACCCAUGAGGCUGCUAAGGUGGGCUGCGUGGACAUCCUGAUGCUGUUGCUGAGACAAGGGGGGAAGGUGAUGGGACGGGACGGGCAUGGGGUCACACCGCUGGGCAUCGCUGCAGAGUACGGACAUCCGGAAAUACUCUCAAUCCUUAUCCAAAAUGGUAAGUCAGAGGUUGCUGGUUCAAUCCCAGCCAGGUCUCUGCGAUACGAGUGA